CUAACAACUUGUCUGUCCUCCCUGGGACGUGAUACAAUGGGGCCAACUUCGGCAAAAUUUCAAGUGAUCAAAACAUAUUAUCAAUUACUUACUCCUCUCGUUCUUUACGGGGCAAAUCAGUUUAGUUUGUCACGCAAAUCCGUCUCGUUAAAUAUCCGACAAAUGAUAAGUGUAUCACUAUUAUGCUACGUCUCUUCUAGCGCAACUUACUAAUCCAGACUUGUAAGUCUGCCCGAAAGUUGUCCUCCACCGCCAUUUGCGAUGCCCCUGACGCAAGUGGUCUGCCUGCUCGCCGCCGCGCUGGGUGUCGUCACCAGCCACGGCCUGCGCUACCACAACUGCUCGUGCGGUGUACCCAUGUACCCGGUGGGCGCGGCGGGUGGUCGCAUCGUCAACGGACGGCCGGCGCGCCGCGAGGAAUUCCCUUGGCUGGUGGGCCUGCAGACGGGCAAAUACUACACAGCGGCGCCUAAGUGCGGCGGCUCCCUCAUCACCGACCGGCACGUGAUCACGGCCGGCCACUGCCUGCUGCACGCCUCUGGCUUGCACCCGGACACGACGUACGUGCUGGUGGGCGCGUACGACUGGACCGACCGCUUCGACGUGCGCAAGUCGCAAAUCGUGAAGGUGCAGCAGGGCUUCCCGCUGAGCACGUUCAACUACCUCCAGCUGGAAGGUGACAUCUCGGUGGUGGAGCUGGAGCAACCGAUCGAGCUGAACCCGACGGCGUAUCCCAUCUGCCUGCCACCAGCCAACUUGACCCUGGACCAGGUGAAGAAGGCGGUGGUCAGUGGCUGGGGUCGUCUGGUGGACGGCGGCCGGCAGCCGCACAAGAACUACCGCACCGAACGCCACCUCAAGAUACUCGACCACAAGCAGUGCAUGGAGGUGCCGAUCAUGCGGAAGAUGAUGGGCUCGGGUGCGCUGACGGAGCGACAGAUCUGCGCUCUCGGCGACAACACGGACUCGUGCCAGGGCGACUCGGGUGGCCCGCUCAUGUGGUUCAACGAGGCCAGCCAGCGCUAUCACCUGAUCGGCGUGGUCAGCUUCGGCUGGGUGUGCAACACGCCUGGACUGCCCGGCAUCUACACCAACUUGCUCAACGACAACAUCCGUAACUACAUUACCUGCAACCUCCAUCACGGCGUGACAUGCCAGACAUGAGAACUUCCGUCAGAGAGCGAACGGUGAGGGGUGAUAUCAUCACCACCGCACCGCACGUGGAAGGUAACGACUUUCAGGACGGCGCCAUCACGGCGAAGUAAUGCCACAACCACCGCGUAAUCAGCGAGAAGUAAGAACUCCAACGCGGUUACGUGCGAGAGAUAUCAACCUCCAUCGCUGGGUCACCUGUGAGAAGUGAUGCGUCACUUUUCGCCACCGGAUCGUCACUUGAGAAAACUGGUGACCUCCACUACUAUGCCAUUUUGAGAUGCUGUGAUGAGAUGAAUGUGAUGCUGUGA